AACCUACUCAAAUGGAUAACCUGAUUAAGCGGUAAAUCGAGCCUAGUAGAUGAACGCGUUGUACUUACUAUUAAUUAUUUUUUAUAAAGUGUAGUAGUUAGACGUGUUGGGCCGCAAUAAUUUAGGCCUAUUUUGUAAAAUUUGUACUUCGUUUAGUUACGAUUUUAUUGGCUUUACAAAAUGGAAUGGCACAGCAACGUUGAACAGGAAAGGGAGGAAUACAUAUCUCCUGGAAACGUUCAACAAUUUCGUAAGCAUAAAUCGAAUUAUUCCAUGGGCAGCAUUCCCAGCAUGGCGGGUAACAUGAUGUCGAACACAUUGGGUUUUUCUGAUGUAGAAUUAAGUCCUAAGAGACGGAAGAAAAUGAAAAAAUUGAGGAUGUCAGACUUCAACAGCUUAUCGAUAACAAUCAACCCUGAUGAACUGUCCGGCCUAUUGGACACUACAAUGUCAACAAUGAUGACCACUAUAGUGAAUUACUCAUCGGAUAAUUUGUUCCUCCAGUUUCAAACAAUAUUUCAAACCCAGGGGGACACACAGCAAGUGUUUGAUGUAAUAUCUAAUUUCAUUGAAGUAUGUACAACAACUAUUGAAUCAAUAUCAUCAGGAAGAGGGUUCACAGAUCAACAAGGAAACGAUAUAUCAUGGCUAGUUCAAGAGAGAAAUACUUGGAGAUUACUUUUUGCUCUAUACAAAAAUAGGACUACCUAUCAGGAUGAAUUUAAUGAAAAUGUUAAUAUGGGAUUUAAUAGUCCGUUAAGUGAAAAAGAUAUAAUUUUAAAUUAUUAUCAAAAUAACAGUUCCAUUAGAGAGGCCCAACUUGUCAUCGAUUGGCUGGAAAGGAAUGCCAGAGAUGAAUGGGAAUUAUUAGAUAGAGAUGAUAUUGCACAUUAUACUGAUAUGACGGUUGCUUGGGAAAAUACACUUUAUCAAUUGCAAACGUCGAAUAUUGCCUAUAAGAGCACGAGGGAAAUUGUUUCAAGCCUUGACCCAGAUGCUCCUCUCAGGGAAAACAAACCUUUACACGAUUUAGAUAUGGAUGAUGAGAAACGCCUUUUAAAACAGGUAUUUUUUGAAAUUCGGCGAGGCCAAUUAGACAAAGCGCAAAAGCUUUGUAUUCACUGUGGUCAAGCAUGGAGGGCAUCUACUCUAGACGGUUGGAGAUUGUUCCAUGAUCCAAAUUAUUUAAAACAAGAUAACAAUGAGAAACUUCCUGUCGAAGGAAACCCUUUGAGGGACAUUUGGAAAUUGUGUGCUUGGAGGAUGUGUGAAGAUCCUCGAGUGUCUGAAGAUGACAAGGCGAUUAUGGGUUCUUUGUGUGGCCAUUUGGAUUCAGUUUUGCCGCACUGUACCAGCUGGGAAGAUAAAUUGUGGGCAUAUACUCGAACAGCCGUCGACAUUUUAGUCGAAAGAGAAAUUAGAGACAAUUCGUUUAAAGAUUACAUAGAUAUGCCUGUGCAGUAUUGGGGUUAUUUGAAAACAAUGGAAGGGAUUCUCAAAGAAAUUGGAAAUACCGGUGAAGGUAGUCGGCCUGAUAGGAUAAUACAGGAAAUGAUAAUACUCGGAUCACCGGGAGAGUUACUUGUCAAAUGUUCCAAAUGGUUGGAGGAACAGUGCCAACCUCAGUUUUUACGUUUCAUCACACAUUUGGUACUCAUUUUAAGACUCCUCGGAUAUUCCACUCCUGAGAAUUUGGGCGAUAAUGUCAUCAAAGCGUAUGUCAACGCUCUGAUACCAGAAGGAAAUGUGGAUUCAAUCGCGUACUACUGUUCUCUUUUACCCGAAGAAGAUCAAAUUGAACAGUACGCGCAAUUCAUGGAAACGGUCACAGAUUACGGUGAAAGGCAAGAGUGCUUAACUGCAGCCGAAAAAUACGAAAUGAACGUACCAAUUAUAACGGAAAAAGUUGUAAAGAGUAUAAGGAGUCGCAAGCAAGAUGUGGAACUCAGCGAAUCGUUAGCCCACGAAGCGACUCAAGAAGACAUGAACAAGAUAUCAGCGUUGGAUUGGAUGAUAUUUUAUCCGCAGCAAAGAGCCGAGGCUUUAUGGGAGUGCAAUGCGUUAAUAAGGGAAUUCAUUGCUCUCAAAAAGCUUUCUACAGCGAGAAAGGCUUUCAACAAGAUUCCUGAAGGAUCGCCAGAAUUAAUCAUGGAGCAAUAUAGAUGUGAGGUGGAUGACCAGGGUAGAGUUACAAGACAUAAUUUGCCUCCGAAAGUGGAUUCAUCUCUUAAAGAAUAUCUUUGUUACAAGGCUUAUCUAGAUGCACAAGAAGGCUUCAUCCACUGGUUUGAACAGUUCCAUAAUUCUAAACCAAAUCCACCUGUGAGUCAGGUGAGGAAAAAUUUUUCAGAAACAGUAGCAUACGAGCACAAGUUAAAAAGAUAUCAUGAAGAUUUGGCAAUUUGGAAUGAUCGUAUGGCACAUGAAACCAAGAUCGUGAAAGCACAGUUGUACAAUGUUCUUUUGUUUCCUGAUGGUGGGUGGUUGGUGGACACAUUGUUGGAUGACGAACCUAGGAAAUCACAUUUACAGUGUCUAAGAAAACUUUGCAUACCACAGGUAUUCAUGCUACUCUAUAAAGUUCUGGAUAGUAUGGGAUUGCAUGAUGAAGUAAUGGAUAUAGUUUCUCUAAUUAUUGAUGAGAGUCAUCAACACUAUAAGUCAUUUUCAAAAGAGAACUUGGAUGAGUUCAUUAAAAAACUAGUCGGCACUUCGAUCAGCCUGAUACAGUUUGGCAAAGAUCCUUUUGGAGAAAAAGUCGAGAAAUCCGACAUUUCAGCACUGCCCAUCUUGACGUCUGGCACCGCUUGUAAGGAACGAGUCCUUCAGGGAAAUACAUUCCUUAAAGAAUAUGUCGGGAAAAUCAAUAAAGAAGAAAAAGACCGAUGGGAACCACCAGAGGAUGCUGAUAUGAUGGAAAAUGAAGACGAAAAAAAGUUGUCCCAGGAAGCAAGCGAAUUAACAGAGGAUGAAUCGAGUGAUCAGAGUGAAUUUGAGUCAUUUGAAUAAGAACACAUAAGUCAGAUAAUUUUAAAAUGAUUUGUAUAGGUUGAAUUUUUACCGUAUUUAAUAAUUAGUUAUUGUUUUUAAACAAGUAUAACAUGAUUGUUUUCUCUUUUUUCUGUAGAAGAUUUCAGAAUGUUUUCUUCUGGAUAUAUGGUUCCAGUUGAGAUAUGUCAUGAUGGCAUCUACUAAAUGUAAUAUAUUUUUCAACUUUUCA